UUUUUUGGCGCCUAUUUUUUUUUCUCAACAAAGUCAUUCAGUUUUUUAAUUUUAAUUUAAUUUUUCUUUGAUCAACUAAAAUCAUAAUGGAUUUUCUACAAGAAUGUCAAGAAUAUUUUGGUACAAAAAAUCUAUAUGAAAUUCUUGAAAUAUCUAAAACAGCCAAUGAGAAUGAAAUUAAAUCGGCAUAUCGUAAAAAAUCACUUAAAGUUCAUCCGGAUAGAGUACAAGCUGCAAGUCAAAAAGAAUCGGCAAAACGUGCAUUUCAAAUAUUGACCAAGGUUCAUUGUGUAUUGAGUAAUGAUGAAUAUAGAAAAGUUUAUGAUGAAAGUGGAAUGAUCAUUACCGAUGAGAAUAGUUUUACGGAUUUAUCUACAUUCGAUGAAUUCAUGAACUAUUGGCGAACAUUGUUUCCACGUAUUGAUGCUAAAAAAUUGGAUGAUUUCGAACAAAAUUAUGUUGGCUCAUCAGAAGAGGAAAAAGAUUUGAAAAAUCUUUAUGUAAAAUUCGAAGGAGAUUUAAACAUGAUUUAUGAAUAUUUUUAUUUCUAUGAUGAAGAUCGUGUCACCGGAAUGCUUAACAAAUUGAUCGAUAUGAAUGAAAUACCAGCAUUCGAUUCAUUUGUUAAUGAACCAAAAUCGAAAAAAAACAAACGUAUAAAAAGAAUUCAAAAAGAAUCUUUAUCGGCUAAAAAAGAAUCAGAAAAACAACAAAACAAUGAUGGUGAUUCUGAUUUAAUAAUGGCUAUUCAAAAACGAAAUACAUCCAAAGAGAAUGGUUUUAAUUCAUUAAUUAAAAAUCUUGAAGCUAAAUAUGCAACAUCCGGAUCAAAGAAUAAAGGUAAAUCAUCAUCCAACAACAACAACAACAAGAACAAAAACGACGCAUCUGAUAAUUUAUCCGGUCAUCUCUUAUUCGUAUAAUGGUGGUUUUCUGUGAUUUUUGUUUUCUCUCUUUGAACACACAAACAAAAAAUUUAUUCAAAUUAAUUGUCACGUAUUCUAUGUACUGUCUUUGCUCUUUUUCACACACACACACACACACACACACACAAUUAUCAUCAUCAUCAUUAUCAUACAUGAUGGUUUGUUUGUCAAAUGAAUCGAACAAAAGAAAAAAUUCAUCAUCCAAUUCAAUCAUCAAAAAUCAUUAAAAUGUUAAUAAAUCAAGAAAUUUUAUUGGAAAUAUCCAAUGGACAAUCAAUUAAAGAAGGUGUCAUGUUUUAUAAAUUCAA